CAUUCACCUCAUAACGGAAACAAUUCAGUUGGUAGGACAACCUCUAAGCGAGAGCUACAGCCAUUUCUAGGAUGCCUGAGCACACACCAGCUCCCACACCAAGCAGAGCCGUAUAUGGCUUUGCUAUGUAUUUUAGCUUCAGGUUAUUCUUUUGUUUGUACCUUGUAUGGGCUGUAGUACCUGAACAUUAUUUCAGAUCAUUAGGUAUAACAUGUUUACCCCACAGAUACUGGGCAGUUUCUCCUCCCAUAUUCUUGCUCACAGUUUUUGCUGUUUUUAUAAUGGUAAUUUAUCCCAGUUUGGGUCUUUGUAUGACUCCUGAUGUCGAUGAUUUGAGGACUAUUAAAGAUAAGGUUGGAAGUAAAAAAAACAUUAAAGCAUCAAAGAUACUAAGCCCGAAAAUUUAUGGAAAAAAAAGUUCAGAAUGCUGUCUCAAUUUGGAGACCUGUUACAAGAAAACCUAUGAAAAUGAAGAAUGUGAUUUGAAUCCCAGUUCAAUUCCUGUUCUAAAGGAUUUAAAAAUUUGGGAAGUUUCAAAGAAAUUAUAUAUAAAUGAGAGUAUUUGAAUGAAAUAGUUUGAAAUUUA